AUGGCUCCCAUCAAGAACCUCGUCUGGGCCCUUUUCGUCGCCGCUGACCUCGCCGCUGCUCACAGUGUCAUCACCAACGCUGUCGGCGAUGCUGGUGGCUCUGGCAUGGCUCUCGGUGUUGACACCUCCACUCCUCGUGAUGGCACCCGACGCCGUCCUUUCCAGACCGAUGCUACUCGCUUCCGUGGCGCCUCCGCUGAUACUGUCGGCGAGACUCUCGCUGGUGGUGACAACCAGGUUGAGCAGGGUACCGCCGACAUCAUGGAGGAGACAGGUGAUCAGCUUCCUCAAGUCAACCCUGGUGGUAGCCUUGAGAUGACUGUCCACCAAGUCAACUCUGAUGGUGCUGGCCCUUACACCUGUAUGAUCAACGCCGAUGGUACUGGUACCUCUUGGGAGAACAUUCCCGUCACUACCAAUGUCGAGGGCAACGACCGUGGCCGCAACCGUGAUGGUGAGAUGGGUGAUUUCCCUCUCGUGGCCUCCAUCCCUGCUGGACAGACUUGCACUGGUACAGUUGCUGGUGAAGAUAACGUCUGCCUUGUUCGUUGCCAGAACCCGGCCCGUGCUGGUCCCUUCGGUGGUGUCAUCCCAGUUCAGAUGGCUCAGACAAACAACGCCGGCAAUGGCACCGAGACAGACGCUGGUAAUGCCACUGAGACAGGCGCCGGCAACGCUGUUGAGACCGGUGCUGGAAACAACGCUGGAAACGCUGGCAACAACGCCGGUAACACUGCUGGUAACACCGCUGGUAACAACGCUGGUAACAACGCUGGCAACAACGCCGACGACGAGGAAGAUGCCGAAGAGGAGGACGAGACCACCACUGGCACCGGCAACAACCGCAACAACCGCAACAACCGCCGCGCCACUCGCUUCUUCGCAUAA